CUUUGAGAGUGAGCUCCGCAGCAGAAGCGCGGCUCCAGCAGCAGGGAGGCCGGUCUCAUCAGUGAACAGCGCCGCAGAGACUCACUGACGUGGAAACAUGCCUCUGCGGUUGGACAUCAAGCGGAAGCUGACAGCCCGGUCAGACCGGGUGAAGAGUGCGGAUCUGCACCCCACUGAGCCGUGGAUGAUGGUCAGCCUCUACAGCGGCACCGUGGUGGUCUGGAAUCACGAGACACAGAUGAUGGUGAAAACCUUCGAGCUGUGCGACCUGCCUGUCAGAGUGGCCAAGUUUGUAGCCAGGAAACACUGGGUCAUUGCUGGAGCAGAUGACAUGGUGAUCCGUGUGUUCAAUUACAACACCCUGGAGCGCGUUCACAUGUUUGAGGCUCACGCUGACUACAUCCGCUGUAUCGCUGUCCACCCUACGCAGCCCUACAUCCUCACCAGCAGCGAUGACAUGCUGAUCAAGUUGUGGGACUGGGACAGGAAGUGGUUGUGCAGUCAAGUGUUUGAGGGGCACACUCACUAUGUCAUGGCGAUCGUCAUCAACCCCAAAGACAACAACCAGUUUGCCAGCGCCUCCCUGGACAGAACCGUUAAGGUGUGGCAGCUGGGCUCCAAGACUCCCAACUUCACUCUGGAGGGCCACGAGAAGGGGGUCAACUGUGUUGAUUACUACAAAGGAGGAGACAAGCCCUACCUCAUAUCAGGGGCUGACGACCGCCUGGUCAAGAUCUGGGAUUAUCAGAACAAAACCUGUGUCCAGACCCUGGAGGGUCACGCCCAGAAUGUGACCUGCGUCAGUUUCCAUCCCGAGCUGCCAAUCAUCCUCACAGGCUCUGAGGAUGGCACUGUUCGAGUGUGGCACUCCAACACCUACCGACUCGAAAACACACUCAACUAUGGCAUGGAGAGGGUGUGGUGCAUAUGUGGCCAGCCUGGCUCCAACAGUGUGGCCAUGGGCUAUGAUGAAGGCAGCAUCAUCAUCAAGCUCGGUCGGGAGGAGCCAGCCAUAUCCAUGGACUCCAGCGGGAAGGUCAUGUGGGCUCGCCACUCCGAGGUGCAGCAGGCCAACCUGAAGGCCAUGGGAGAGGCUGAGAUCGGGGACGGAGAGAGGCUGCCGCUGGGUGUCAAAGACAUGGGCAGCUGUGAGAUUUACCCCCAGACCAUCCAGCACAGCCCCAAUGGGAGAUUUGUUGUGGUGUGUGGAGAUGGGGAGUAUAUCAUCUACACGGCCAUGGCCCUGAGGAACAAGAGCUUCGGCUCAGCCCUGGAGUUUGUCUGGGCGCAUGACUCCUCGCAGUAUGCCGUCAGGGAAGGCAACAGUAUGGUCAAGAUAUUUAAGAACUUUAAAGAGAAGAAGGCUUUUAAACCAGACUUUGGGGCUGAAGGUAUCUUUGGUGGUUUCUUACUGGGAGUGAGGUCAAACAGUGGUCUGGCCUUCUGUGACUGGGAGAGCACAGGACUGAUCCGCCGUAUCGAGAUCCAGCCUAAACAUAUCUUCUGGUCGGACUCCGGUGAGCUUGUGUGCAUCGCUACAGAUGAGUCUUUCUUCGUGCUGCGCUAUCUGCCAGAGAGAGUUGCAGCAGCUCAGGAGUCCAAGGAAGAGAUGACAGAAGACGGGAUUGAGGACGCCUUCGAGGUGCUGGGGGAGAUCCCAGAAGUGGUGAAGACAGGCGUUUGGGUGGGAGACUGCUUCAUCUACACCAGCUCUCUUAACAGACUGAACUACUACGUUGGAGGGGAGAUCAUCACCAUUGCUCACCUGGACAGGACCGCAUAUCUGCUGGGCUACAUCCCAAAGGAUGAUCGUCUGUACCUGGGAGACAAGGAGCUGAAUGUCAUCAGCUACUCCCUGCUGCUUUCAGUGCUGGAAUACCAGACGGCUGUCAUGAGGAGGGACUUCAGCACGGCCGACAAGAUCCUACCCACAAUUCCCAAGGAGCAAAGGAUCAGGGUAGCCCACUUUUUGGAGAAACAGGGCUUCAGACAGCAGGCCCUGGCUGUCUCCACUGACCCAGAACACAGGUUUGACCUGGCCCUGCAGCUGGGAGAGGUCAACGUAGCCUACCAACUGGCCUUGGAGGCAGAGUCAGAGCAGAAAUGGAAGCAGUUGGCAGAGCUCGCGACGACAAAGUGCCAGUUUAGCUUGGCCCAGGAGUGUCUGCACCAAGCUCAGGAUUAUGGGGGAUUAUUGCUGUUGGCCACCGCCUCGGGCAACGCCGACAUGGUGGGCAGAUUGGCUGAGGGUGCAGAGAGGGAUGGCAAGACCAAUGUGGCCUUUCUCACCUACUUCCUGCAGGGAAGAUUGGAAAAAUGUCUGGACCUUCUCAUCAAAACAGAUCGGUUGCCAGAAGCUGCAUUUCUGGCAAGAACAUAUCUGCCCAGCCAUGUGUCAAGGGUGGUGAGGCUGUGGAAGGAGAGUUUGUCCAAGGUCAACCAGAAGGCAGCAGAUGCUCUGGCUGACCCCACCCAGUACAGCAACCUGUUCCCUGGCCUCCAGCAAGCCCUGCUGGCUGAGCAGUACCUGAAGGAGACUCACACCAGGGUCAGGCCUGCCGCAGAAUACCCACUCAUCAUGCCCAAUGAGGACCGCAAUGUUCUGGAGGAAUCUGCAGGUUUUGGGCCUAAAGGAGAGCUCAGUGAGCCAGAGAAUAUAAUCCUGCUUGGUCUACAGGAAGUGAUGAAGAGCAUGGAUGAACCAGUCAUAGGAGCAGCAGUGACAGAGGCUGUAUCUGCAGCGACAGUGGUGGAAGAACUCAUUCCAGUAAAUCAGAUUAGUGAUCCUGUUUCAGCAAUAGAAGAAGAACUCAUCCCAGCAGCAGCAUCCCCUCUGCCUGCCACAGUAACACAAGUGCAUGUUGAAGCAGACUCAGUGUCUUCUGAGGAGGACACCAUCACUAAAGCUGAGGAGGCUUCAGUCUCUGUAGAGGAAGACAUUUUGGAGUCCACCACAAAGAUCUCCCCCACAGAGUCAGGGAUGGUACAGUCCAGUCCCUUGGAAGAUGUCGGAUCAUCAGCUGAGACAGAUGUUCUGGACAGUUCUCCAGCAACUGAUGCUGUACCUGCUGCUUCUGAAACAUCCCCAAGUGAGACAACCACCACGGCAACAGAGGAAACACCAAGUGAGACAAAAACCAUAGCAACAGAGGAUGUCAUAGUCAGCACUGGUCUGACAGUUGAUACAGAUAUAACAGAAUCUAUAACAACUGGGGAAAUUCCUGUUUAUGAAGAAGUGGAGGCAGGUAUCAUCUCCUCAGAAGCACCAACCAUCAUAGAUACAGCAGCAGAGGAGACUCGUGUUAUUGAGGAACUUGUAUCAGAAACAGCACCUUUACCUGUUGCAGUGGAGGAGCUCAUCUCAUUUGAAGACACAGCCAGUCCAGCACUGGAUGUGCCUGUUCAGGUCCAGGCUUUUCCAGAUAUGGUCCUUGAUCCACUGCUAGACCCACUUGGAGAUGCAGAGCCAGUAUUGACACCAGUAACAGUACAAGCACCAGAACAAGGGGAACAAACCACGGCUCUCCCAGUAAAGCCCGACGACACCCUGGAGCCUGCUGUGGCUCUGCAGGCUGAGCCAGAGGUUUUAUCCCCAGCAGCAGCUCCUGCAGAGGGCACUGUAGCAGAGCAGGAGGCAGGUCCUGGGGGAGCUGAGGAGCCAGCAGAGGACCUGGAGGCAGAGCUGAAUGACGAGGUCCUGAAUGAUCUGGACCUGGACAGUUUCGACCUGGAAGAUAUCGACACCACAGAUGUCAACCUGGAUGAGGAUUUCUUGAAUGAAUAGGAAGAGAAAUCUUUCACAAGCCAAACUUUUCAGUUUUUUCUUGGACCAAAGAACACAAAGGGCUGUUUCCCAGGACAGUGAUAAGCUGCAAGUGCCUUGUCUGCUUUGUGUACUUUUGCGGUAGUGUAGGAAUAAAUAGACUAAUGGUGUAUCUCCAGGAAAGCAGGUUUAACCUCAACUUCAGCCACAGCCUUGAUCAACAGGCUGCGUGUAAGCCCUACCAGACCAAACCCACGGCCCAGUGGCCUUCUGUGGUUAAUCAAGGGUAGAUUCAAAGGACAAAAAUAUGUUAAAGGGGAAACUGGGAUAAGACAUAAAGUAGCAUGUGAGUGCAGGGUACACUCCAGCCAAAGUAUCCAGCUCAGACUAUUGUCGAUGAACGUUUGCUAUUCAAUCAUUACUGCAACAGUCACGACAGUUUGUGUUUUUGAGUUCUUUCACAUCGCUAAUUUAAGUGUCAUCAGUCUACAGUAAAAAUCCAUGUAGUGGUGCAGUGCUUCACCAGCUGACUGCUAUAUGCAGAAGGGUUGCAAUAGUAUGAGAUUUCCACGGUACGAUAGUCACAGAAAACAUCAGUUUCACAGUAUACAGUAUAUCAGUUAUAAUGUCUCUUAAAGGAGUGAAAACAGUUGGUUUUUCACACAAUAUGUCCUGACAGACGUGAAACUCAAUGUAAACUAAUACUAAUGUACACGGUAUUGUAAUACCAUGUUACAACAUUACACUGUCAUACCGCUGCAACCCUAAUGUGCACUGUCAUGGGAAAUAAUGAAGAAUUACUCUCAGUACCUCUUCUUCCUCAUACCUCGUAACACCACUGUAGAUCAGGGUGUUAUCCAAACCACUGAGAAAUGCUCUAAGAUUAAACAUUGCUUUGAUUCUUGAAGUGAAAUUUAACCAUUCAUUUAACAUUCCUGCUCCGUCUUACCUCAUUGGAACAAUAGUUUUGAAUUUCUAUGGAGGACUGAGGAGGAGUGUCUUUAUUACCUGUCUCUUGUUGAUGUUGUUAUAGUUUGGCGCGUAUUUACUUCUCAAAGCUUGUAUCAACUCAUCCUGCUGCUUUUCGUUUAUAAGAUAAACUGAUAGGAAAUCUACAGCAUGUUUCUGUUAGAGGUGUCACAUGUAUGUUUUUUAAGAUUGAGUUUGGGUGGUACUGUGUGUCUGGACUUGAAAAGUGCAUUAUAUCAAUAAAGUCUUCC